GCAGUCACACGUGUUGAGCUGUUAAGGGAUAUGUCUUACGCAUUUGUAUGUUUUUGCUUAUGGCUGUUAGAUGGUGUGUCUGGAGUUUAUACAGAUGAAACAUAUGAGAUGAUAUCGGUGAUGGAGGGAGAUUCUGUCACUUUAAACACUGAUGUUACUGAAAUACAGAGAGAUGAUCAGAUACUGUGGAUGUUUAAACUCCAAAAUUCAGAGACUCGUAUAGCUGAAAUCUAUAAACAGAUCAUCUCUAUUUAUGAUAAUAAAGAGAAUAAUGAGAGAUUCAGAGGCAGACUACAGAUAGAUGAGCAGACAGGAUCUCUGACCAUCACAAACAUAAACAAAUUACACUCUGGACUUUAUAAACUACAGAUCAUCAAUGGAGGAGUCAAAUACAAGAGCUUCAAUCUUGCUGUCUAUGGUCUUCUGACUGUUCCAAUGAUCAUUGAUUCUCCUCAAAACCCUUCAGUAUCAAAAAGAUCAUCACAGCAGAAUUGUUCACUGCUGUGUUCAGUGUUGAAUGUGAGUGAUGUGACUCUCUCCUGGUACAAAGGGUGCAGUUUAUUGUCCAGCAUCAGUGUGUCUGAUCUCAGCAUCAGUCUCUCUCUACCUCUGGAGAUUGAGUGUCUGGAUGAUUCCUACAGCUGUGUUGUUGCUUAUUCAUUCACCAACCAGACUAAACACCUCAACAUCACUCAGCUCUGUCUGCCAUGUUCAGAUGAUCGACCCGUGUCUGUCAAACAUCUAAUGAUUGCUGUUGUAAUUCUGCUGCUGCUGCUAGUGAUCUCAGUUUUAGCUACGAAGAUGUUCUGUCGCAGCAAGAGCCGCAAAGAAUCAGCACAAAAAACUCAGACUUCUGUGGAAGAGGUGGAGUAUUCCGAUGCAAUAUUUACUACACACAGAGCUCAAGAUUCGGAGACUACUGGACAGAAUCAGACAGAGUAUUCAGAGGUGGCUUUCAGAUGAUGAUCAUUCAGACUGUAUUAUUAUACAGCUCAUCUUAUUACAGGCCAGAGCAUGUUGGGGCGUAUGUCAGUAUGCAACAAAGCUUCAAGCCUCAAAGUUAAAAUGCAAAUCCAAUGGUUGUGGCAUUGUUUACUACAAAUGAGUGUAUUUCAUCAUACAAGUACUUGAUGAAAAGAAUUUGAUCUUUAAUAAGAAAGAAAGAACAGAAUUAUAGAGUAUUCACAACAGGCAACCUAAUGAGACGCUCCGUUAAUUUCUGAUCUCAAUCUUGUCUGCAGCUGCACAGCUUCAUUCCUUACACAGUAUAAUCAUGUCUAGACUUGAGUUUAGCUGGUUUGUGUAGUAUUAUUUUCACACCCGUCCACAUUAUUACUAUCCUAGUUCUGAUUAUGAACCAAGAGUCAUGAAAAACAGGGGAAAAAAAGAUCAAAAGAAAGAAGAAAGCUCAGAAAAAGAACCAGCCAGAGCUACAUACAGUAUGUAUAAUCAUUGAGGCUCCAUCUGUUGACUAUUUGCUAGUUUUACAUGUAGCAUGAUCAAGUCGGCCCCUGCUGGUAGAAAAUCACAACUACACCAUCUGUGACAAAAAUCGACAGCCUUAAAGGGUUAGUUCACCCAAAAAUGAAAAUUAGGCUGCGUUUUACUCA